GACGUGUUUGCAUAAUGUUAACAAAUAUGAAUAUUUUGCACUCUUUCUCCAUUUUUGAUUACUUCCAUUUCCUCAAAAGUCAAAACUCUCUUUCUCUCUCGAUUUGCUAACUUGUCAAUGGCUGAAGUUGAGAAUCUAAACUCUGUUCCAGCGUCGGAAGACACCGAGUAUGGAUUUAAACGGCCGGAGAUGUACAGCACAAACAUCGCCAAUUCUAUAACAUCUUAUGGUCGUCAUGUUUUUGUUCUUUAUAAGACUCCUGAAGCUUGGCUUUCACACGUCGAAGAAGAAGGUUUACCUCAACGUUUCGCUACGUUGCUUAAAGAUCGCAAAUCUGAUCUUCUUGUUCAGACGAAGCUUAAUGUAUGUGAAGGUGGUGGAUCUGAUGGUGAUGUGUUGAUUUUUCCGGACAUGAUCAGAUACAAGGGGGUUAAGGAUACGGAUGUGGAAGGUUUCUUUGAAGAUGUUCUUGUGAAUGGGAAGCCAUGGAGUUCUGGGAAACAAGAAGAGAUAUCUGGAACAUUUGUUUUUGUGUGUACUCAUGCUAGUCGAGACAAGAGAUGUGGUGUUUGUGGACCAGUCAUCUUAGAGAGGUUCAAGCAAGAGAUUGGUUCUCGUGGACUUUCGAACCAGAUUACGCUGAAACGAUGUUCUCACGUUGGACAGCACAAGUAUGCUGGUAAUUUGAUCAUCUUCAGUCCUGAUUCAGCUGGAAAGAUUACUGGCAAUUGGUAUGGCUAUGUAACACCUGAUGAUGUACCUGAGUUGCUUGACCAACAUAUUGCAAAAGGAGAAAUCAUACAAAGGAUUUGGAGGGGCCAAAUGGGUCUACCUGGAGGUGAAGCUGAGAAAGUGCAUGAACAGAAAGUGAUACCAAAUGGUAACGGUGUAGUGAAAGAGGAGAGCAAAGGAUUCACAGGAGGAUGUUGUCAAGGAUCAAACGGUGUUUCGUGCUGCCAAGACGAAACCCCAAAGCCAGAGCCAAUUAAGAAAGAAGGAAAAAAGUGUACCAUAUGGUUCCAGCCUCUUGACAAAGAAGAGGUUUACAUUGGAGCCGCUGUGGUUGGAGCCAUUGCAACUAUAGCCAUGGCUUUCACCUUUUUCAAGAGGUCACGGUAAGAACCUAACCUUAUUACCAAUAGAAGUUUCUUCUUGGAGAUUGCCACGAGACAAUAGAAAAAGAAUACAUCCAUUGAUUCCACCACAAAACAGAACCGAAGAAUUAUGUUUUUGUCUGUGAUUCUACAAUUAAAGAAGAAACAUAUAAACUUUCUGGUUUCUGUGAGCGUUUUUUUGCCUUGCUAUCUUCUCACAUUAUGUGUUUUUGUUGUAAUGGCCAUAGCUUUUGUGAUUGGCCUAAGCUCUCUCACUUUGGAGCAUUAACAAAACUUUGAUUUGGUU